AUGAAGAGUAGAAAAUUUGAUUUUUUUUUCAAGAGGAAAGAAAGAGAUGAAGAUAAUUUAACACCUAUGUCUGAACCUACAAGAGUUAUUGAGAAUCCAAAAAUUGAAGAAAAUGUUAAUAGAGUUUGUUCGGAUGACAUUGAGAAUUCUUUAGAACGUGAUCCUGAAAAACGUCCUUCAAAGUGGGAAUAUCUAGUAAAUCAAAUGGAUGAAAUAUGA